AUUUAUAAGUAUUUUUUGCUAAAAUCUCAACGUGGUUCACAAGUCAGUUUAAUCGAUGAAAUAUAUAGAUAUAUAUGUAUGUGUGUGUGUAUAUAUAUAUAUAUAUUUGACAAGCGUGUGUCGAUGCAAACUGUUGAAGACCGUGGCAUUCCGCUGACGCGGAAAUAUAGAAACUGAGAACUGUGACUAAUUCGCUUUGACUCCAAAAGCACGUUCUCUUCUCUUCUCUUCUCUUCUCUUUAAUCACUCCUCAUUUCACUUUCCAAAACCACACCACAUAUAUACAAACCCAACCGAUUCUACCUGUCACUACCCAAAUUAACUAUCCCUGUCUUCAAUCCAUGGUUAUUCCUCCGACCAAACACACCAUUCAGCGUACGGAACAACGACAUGUCGCCGAUCAAGUGCUGGGCCACCAGGAUUUCCGGGCACGCCAACAACCGGGAGCUCAAGGUUACCCAACUCAAGCUCCAAUUGGGUCUCUUCGGAACCACCCUGGGUUCCCCAAACGACAAGCUCGCCUUCGAAAUAACAGGGACCGCUACGAACAAAGAAAAGAAACCUUCUUCUUCCAAACAGAAAACGACACCUCUCUCACUCGCUCCUUUCUCAAAACGACGAUGUUCUCACGCAACCUCUUCCUGUAGGUCCAUCAGUUCCAAAUCCCCCUCUCUAACAUGGGACGAGCGCGACCUCUGCGCUUUUCAUCUUCUUCUCAAAGACAACCCCCUCGAUGUUUGCGACCUCGCAUUUCUUGUCUUAUAUGGAGAGGGCGGUGGGGGAGAGGCGAAAGCGAAGAUGACGGUGGUCGGAAAAGCGGAAAUGAGCAUGGCGGUGGCGGAGCUGAUGGGGAGGGAGGAGAAGAAGACGAAGUCCAAUUCUCAUAAUCAAUUUCAAAGAAGGCUUCCAAUCAAGUUGAGGGUCAAUGGUUUAUGCAUAGAAGCUACCCUUUUGGUCUCUAUAAGGUUAUUGAAGUUGAGAGAUUCUGAUUCUAAGGGUGACUCGGUUUCAGCAAAACCCUUUGAAAACAGCGUCCAGCCAAAGAAGAAACACGGGAUUAUAGAGAAAGUAAAGCAUUUAACAAGCUUGGGAAAGAAAAACAAUGGCAAGAUUGACGAAUCAAAACAAACCAGUCCUUGUGACUCGGAUAGAUCCCCCAUGUUUGACUCCGAUGAUUCAUCCAACGAUUCCAACACAAGCAGUGCUAGCAACAACAGUGGAACCCACAACAUACGGCCAACACUCACAAAGGGCUCUGAGAGAUUUACGACCUCAGACAGAAAGACUCGUUUGCAGAGGAAUAGAAGCCUCAAUGGGUGGAACUUUCAGACACCCACUACUGACAAACAACAAACUCAAACCUCGUACCCUGGUCCUUUCACGAAACCAAAUGAAGUUUUUCCACAAGUAUACCAGAAAGGCACUGCAAGAAGUUGGGAAUACAAGGAGAUUAAAAGUAGAGAUGGGAAGGCAAAGCUGAAAACCAAUGUAUUCUUUGCUUCCUUUGACCAAAUGAGUGAAAGAGCUUGUGGUGAGAGUGCGUGCACGGUUUUGGUUGCACUCAUAGCCCAUUGGCUUCACUCAAACUAUGGUAUGCCAACGAGAGCGCAAUUCGAAAAACUCAUCACACAAGGUUCAUCAGAAUGGAGAAGGCUAUGUAAGAGUGAUUACUACUCGAAGCUCUUCCCAGAUAAACAUUUUGACCUUGAGACGAUCAUGGAAGCCAAUCUACGACCUCUUGUUGUUCUGCCUCAGAAAUCGUAUACGGGGUUUUUCUCCCCCGAGAAGUUUCAGUGCUUAAAAGGAGCCAUGUCGUUUGAUGAAAUUUGGGACGAGAUAAAGAUGAAGGUGGGUGAUCAUGAGCCAAGAAUUUACAUAGUGAGUUGGAAUGAUCAUUUCUUUGUGUUGAAGGUAGAAAGAGAUGCUUACUACAUCAUUGACUCUUUGGGGGAGCGACUUUUUGAAGGGUGUCAACAGGCAUUCAUAUUGAAGUUUGAUGAUUCGAGUUUGAUUUAUAAGAAACACACCACAAAAGAGGAGCCUUCAAAGGGAGAAAGUCGUGAGAUAAUUUGUAGUGGAAAAGAGUGUUGUAAAGAGUUCAUCAAACGCUUUCUGGCGGCUAUACCACUUUGGCAAAUGGAAAAGGAGGAGAAGAAAUGGAGUGUUUCAAGUCCCUAUCUUCAUCGACAAUUGCAGAUCGAUUUCCAUUAUAGCUCUUCUUCUUCCUCUACCUCUUCUUCUUCAUCAUCUUCUUCUUCUUCUUCUUCUGUUACUUCAACUGAUUCUUUGUGGUCUCUCUUAUCAAGUGGAACAUUAAAUUAGAAGCAUAAUCAUCA